CAAUAGAUAAAUUAGUGAACAUAUAUAAUAAUCUUUGCGAAAGAUUAAUCGUCUAAAAAAGACCACAGAAAAGUACAUGCAUAUAUACAAAACUUAUAAAUGUAAUCGAUAUUCUUUACGUAUUUCUAUGAUGCACGACUUCGCAGCACAAAUCAAAGAAGAGAGUCUGUUCAACAGACCUUAGUAUACAUGGUCUAAGGAACAGAUGGUUUAUCAAACAUGGCUACCAUAGCAAAUAAUUUGUUAAGAUUUUCAAAUUUUCUUUCGAAAGGUACAAAUUUAACGGUGUUUGGUUUAAGUACAAAUUAUCAACAAGUGCGUAAUAAAUUUCUUGGUCGAUGGAUGAUUCGUGACAUGAAACGAAGAAAGGUAGCGGAAGAGUAUGGACCUGAACGACUUCGAUUGGUAGCCAUGAAAAGAAAUAAUAUUUUACCACGUGAAAUUAUAGAAGCUGUUGGUCAACAAAUAGACGAAACAAUUCCACGUCAAUCGGCCAAGAAACAAUUAACAACACGCUGUGUAAUAACAUCUCGACCGCGUGGUGUUGUUCGCAGAUGGAGAUUGUCAAGAAUUGUAUUCCGUGAUUUAGCAGAUUACAAUAAAUUAGCUGGCAUUCAACGCGCUAUAUGGUAAAAUAUUAUUUUAAUAGUCUGUUAAAAUCUAUAUAAUCUUUAAUGUAAAGAAACAAAAGUAUUGAGUAAAUUGAUAAAAUAAUAAA